GGUGGCAGUAAGAUUUGUCCUUCCCACCACCUCUCUCGCAUGGGAGAGAACUCGGCUCAAACCCAAACAAAAAUGAGACCACGAAAUUGAAAUUCUAUCAGCACAAUUAUUUUUCAGAAUCCAAACUCAUAUACCCCCCGGCUCUCACCGCAUCAUACUUCGCCGGUCAACUUCCGGUCGAUUUCUGCGGUGUUCAGCCCCCCAACGUUACUUUUUCUUUAAUACAUUGCCACUCGAUCGCAGCAUCCUCCAGUUGCUUUUGUUGACUCCAGUGAUGGGGACUCCAWUCGAAGGAAUAGUAAAAGAUUUCAAGGGAAGGGCAGCCUGCUAUAAGCAGGAUUGGACAUGUGCGCUAUGUUCAGGCGUCAGGAUUUUAGCUCCUACUAUGUACAUUUUUUUCGCCUCUGCUCUUCCUGUUAUUGCCUUCGGAGAGCAACUUAGUAGGGAUACAGGUGGAAGCUUGAGCACGGUGGAGACAUUAGCCUCAACUGCACUGUGUGGAAUCAUCCACUCAAUCUUUGGGGGACAGCCUUUGCUGAUCUUAGGAGUGGCGGAACCUACGGUUAUAAUGUAUACUUAUUUGUACACUUUCAGUAAAGGCCGACCAGAGUUAGGAGGCGAGCUCUUUUUAGCCUGGGCUGCAUGGGUGUGCGUGUGGUCUGCAUUUUUGCUGAUCCUCCUUGCAAUCUUUAACGCUUGCAACAUCAUCACCAAAUUUACGAGGGUUGCUGGGGAACUUUUUGGCAUGCUUAUUGCUGUUCUCUUCUUCCAAGAAGCAAUCAGGGGAUUGAUCAGUGAGUUCAGCAUUCCCAAGGCAGAAGAUCCAGAGUUAUUGGAGUUUAAAUUUGAAUGGUUGUAUACAAAUGGGUUGCUUGCUAUCAUCUUUUCCGUUGGUCUACUCUUCACUGCCCUUAAAAGUAGACAUGCGAGAUCGUGGAAAUAUGGCACUGGGUGGCUCCGGAGUUUCAUUGCAGACUAUGGGAUUCCGCUUAUGGUCGUGGUGUGGACAGCAUUGUCUUAUGGAGUUCCCAGCAAAGUUCCUCAUGGAGUUCCAAGGAGACUCGUUUGUCCAUUACCUUGGGAGCCAGCUUCGUUGUACCACUGGACUGUGGUCAAGGACAUGGGGAAGGUUCCAGUAAUUUAUAUCUUUGCUGCUUUUCUGCCAGCCUUGAUGAUAGCAGGCCUAUACUUUUUCGACCAUAGUGUGGCAGCACAAAUGGCACAACAGAAAGAGUUUAAUCUUCAAAAACCAUCUGCCUACCAUUAUGAUAUCUUCUUGCUCGGAAUUAUGACUUUAAUUUGUGGGUUGCUUGGACUACCUCCUUCUAAUGGUGUCCUUCCACAGUCCCCAAUGCACACCAAGAGUCUUGCAGUGCUCAAACGGCAGCUAAUUCGAAAAAAAAUGGUAAAGAGAGCAAAGGAAUGUAUGAAACAAAAAGCGAGCAAGUCUGAAAUUUACGGAAAGAUGCAGGCUGUGUUCAUUGAAAUGGACACAUCUCCAACUCCAAAGGAGCUGGAAACCUUGAAGAAGGCAGUGAUGAAUGGUGACAAUGGUGGAGAUCAGAAGGGGAAAUUCGAUCCUGAGAAAAAUAUCGAUGCGUAUUUACCUGUUCGUGUUAACGAGCAAAGGAUGAGCAACUUGCUGCAGUCCAUCCUCGUUGCUGUAUCACUUUGCGCUGUCCCUAUAAUGAAAAUGAUACCCACUUCAGUUCUUUGGGGAUACUUUGCUUACAUGGCCAUUGAUAGUCUUCCAGGAAACCAGUUUUGGGAAAGGCUGUUGUUGCUGUUCAUUACGCCAGGCCGGCGUUUCAAGGUCUUGGAGGGCUCUCAUUUAUCUUUCGUGGAAUCGGUGCCAUUCAAGAGCAUUGCUGUGUUUACCCUGCUUCAGUUGGUAUAUUUCUUGAUAUGCUUUGGCGUAACAUGGAUACCUGUAGCUGGGAUCCUGUUCCCACUGCCAUUUUUCCUCCUCAUUAGCAUAAGAGAGCAUGUGCUCCCCAAGUUCUUCCAUCCUAGCCAUCUUCAAGAGCUGGAUGCAUCAGAGUAUGAGGAGACUGCUGGUGCUCCGCAUCGCGCCCUGAAUCUUACAGAAAAGGAGCCACCUGAUACGAUUACAGAGGAGAAUAAUGAAGAAUACUAUGAUGCUGAGAUAUUAGAUGAGAUGACAACUCACAGAGGAGAGUUGAAGCUUAGAACUGUAAGUUUCAACGAAGAAAGGCACUUUCAGGUUCAUCCUGAAGAAUCCCUUCGACCGCAAUGAAGAACUUGAAGGCAAAUAGGAUAAGAAAGUGUUGGACCAAACUCAAUUCAGCCACGAUGGAUUACGAUCAAUAUAGGAGGCUGGAGAGUAUACAAAAAGGCAUUUUUCUUCUCUCAUAUAGCGGCUGCUAAUUCAAAGAAUACGUGAAGUUUUUACAUGAACUGUUCAUUUUAUUCAUACACACGAAGGAAAGGAAGAGAUAUUAGAGAAUAUACAAAGCAAGGAUUUUAAGAUUUUAUUUAAGUUAGGAAAAAGGUUUUAGAGAAUCCUCAAGUUUAUAGUCAUUCAUUUAUUUGUUUAUUGCCAAUGAAAUAGUGAGCUGAGGAUGGCAGGCAUCGAUUAAUGAGAAUGAAAGGAUGAAUGGUUUUUUCACACUUUAUAGUUGCUUUUCGCUAGGAACUCAAAUGUGUGUCGCUGUAGUUUUUUUUCUUUCUUUUUUUCCUUUUUUGUUCACUUUAUUAUUUUUCUGUAUGAGUAUAAUUAUAUGGCGAAUAAUAGAUUCUAUAUAUUUCACUAUCUCAUUUCUAUUUUACUUUA